AUGCCGCUUCUCACGGCCUUUGUUGCCGCCGUGCUGCUCAGUGAAGCUUGUGCUGCUGCGUCCAGCGCCGUCGUCGCGCACAAAAAAGGUGUUCAGCACCUCGGCCGCGACCGCCUUAGUGCUGUGGCGUCUCAUCUUCAGAGUGGCGCAGCUACAACUACAGGAAGUGGUAGCACCUUCGUCGACGAAGCAACGCGCGUUCUGCUUUCCAAUAGCAGCCAUCCGUCUGCAUCUUUGGCGCCUGCGAAACCGCACUGGGAAGCGUUUUGCGGCACUCAAGCGCACGAAAAGUGUGUUGCUCUCUACGCCUCCGCAGUCCUUGUGCCUCUCGUGCUGCUCUCUGUGCUGUGUGCGUGGUGGUUCGUGCGGUGGUGGAGAUGUGGGUCACGAGGCUUACACAGAUGGCAGCGUUUGGACACCUUCGAUGCUGAAGAUGGCGAUGGUGUUGUCCGCUCCACGGUGGAGGUAACGGAACGCGAGGGCCUUCGCACCGCUGAGGCAGCCUCGCAUCGCAGCGAUGACGAGGGUAACGAGAGCGCACACCACGAAGGCAGUCACAGUGGGGAUGGACGGCUGGCGCGUUGCGUGCAGCGCUUAAAUGUACGCGGCACACGCUUGUGGACAGUGCUGCGCAUGACUCCUGCCGGCCUGUUUUACAGUUCGUCGCAGCCCUCCUCCCGGUCGCAGACACCCCCGCCGACACAACGUUCGUUUUCCGCUCCAGUCGCAGACGAGACGGGAGCAGAGAGUGACGGCGAUGGGUGGAACCUGCAUCGCGAUGCGACCGCGGGCUCUGCCUCGGACGACCACAGCUACCUGCGCAGCGUCAUCUCGGUAGCGACGACAACCACCGACUCGUCCGAGAGCGGCGGUGACAGCGGCGGGCGCAGCGAGGACGGCGACGCGGCUGUCGCAGCCCGACACUGCUUGUGCGAAAGUGAAUGUCUUGUGGAGGAGGCGGCGGAAAGGGGACGUGCCGUGGGCCGCUGUACAGGGGCCAGCCGGACAGCCAACCGCCCUCCCACCCCCCACAUCCUGCCGCUGCUUCUCGACUACAAUGCCGCCUCUGCCGCGGGGCGCGAGGAUGAGGGUUGCGAGUUGGCGGACAGCAAGGACAGCGACAGCCAGCGAGUGAAACGACCCGACGAGAAGACGAGGCACCCGUCGACAUCGUCCUUGACGGCCAGCGCGAACUCGUCAACCCACACCCCGCCGGAUCUUUCUGGACGUGUACACGUGCCGCACACCGGCCCCACGGAAAGCGUCGCACCGCACGAGAGCGGCGACACAAAUGCUAAUGCCCGUGUGGUCUUCCCCCAUGUAGAGACGGCCAUCUUUGACGCCAUCACCACCAACACCGGUGCGGUGGGACCGCAGAGGACACCCUCCCCACCGAUUGACUCGAGUGCGGUCAACAACCUCUUUGAACCAGACCACUUCCCCACUUUAGCUUCACAUCCGCUGAUUGAGGCGCAUGCAAGCAGUGCGGCAUCGCUCCUUAGCGGAUUCGACAGCUACGUGCCACUGCCCGGCAACUCCGGCACGGCGACCCCGGCGUCGCUACGCGGCUCGUCCUCCUGCGUAUCGCUACUCCUCCCCGCCUCUGCCGCCUUACCCGUCUCCAACUCGCUCAGCGACGGCUUGGAUAUGGAUGGCGAAGAAGUUGUGAGGGAGUUUGACACGACAGGGCACAGUCGCAGUUACACCCCAGCUGCCCAGAAACAACAACCGCAACAACAACAGCAGCCAUCCCAGUGUCUAGCACAGCAGCAGGUGCCACCGGUACAGCCGUCACGACCAUCACGACCGCAGCAGCAGGAGGCGUCAAAGGCCCGCCGCAAGCGCUCCAGUUCUCAGUAUAGCGAACCCUGGCAGCCUAUUCUAGUCUCGCGUGGCACGUCUCCGCUGGCCACCGCCGCUGCUGCCGUCGCCGUUCUGCCCACGAUGCCGCUAAGCGAUCCGAUGACGGUGCUGCCGCGCGGCUCCCCCUUCCCCCCACGCUCCCCGACAACGGAUCUCCGUGGUGCCCACGAGGACGAGCUGGACGACUUGAUGCUCGACGACGGCGAGAGCGUGCCGUGCAAUCAAGCGUGGGAGUCGGGCCACAUCUUCAGCGGCUCCAGCACUAGCACCUCCCGCACCGUGACACCGGCAACGGAGAAUGACCCGGAGAGUGUCGUGGGCACGCCGACGAUGUUCUGCCCAGCCGCAAUGGCGAACGGCGUCAACCGCAGCCGCAGCAGCAACAACAGCGAUGGACGCAUCGGCUUUGCGACAGUGAGUCCCCCUGCCUCGGCGAGUAUUCCGCUGCGACUGAAGUUACCGCCCGCCGCCGUUUUUGCGCGCACUGCCGGGGCUGGAAGGAUUCAUGUCGGAGGGUGCGACGUGGACUCGAAUGGCCGCAUGCUGCCGUGGGCAUCCUGCAGCGUGGGCCGGCGUCCGUUGAACCUCUCCGUGGAGGAGCGCACGCUGCUCAUGAAGAGCCGUAAGUGGCUUUUCCCGUUGAUUGAUGGUGCGGAUGAGAUCGAGUCGAGCGGCGUGGAUGAAGGUGAGACGAGUCGCAACGAUGAGGGCGCCACAGCUGAGAAGUCCGAAUCGUAG